UCCUUUCUGUAGAAUGUCUGCUUCAACAUCUGGGGAGAAACUCCAUGUACUUGCCGUGGAUGAUAGUGUUGUUGAUAGGAAGUUGGUUGAGAAGUUGUUUAGAAACUCUUCUUUCAGAGUGACAACUGCAGAGAGUGGGAAAAGAGCAUUGGAGUUACUGGGUUUGGGCAAAGAAAGUUCACAUUGUCAGGAAUCGAAGGUGAAUAUGAUAAUCACUGACUAUUGCAUGCCAGGGAUGACGGGAUUUGAUCUUCUCAAGAUUGUAAAGGAAUCAUCAAAUCUGAAGGGAAUUCCAGUCGUUAUCAUGUCUUCUGAGAAUGUCCCAACCAGAAUUAACAGAUGCUUAGAGGAAGGAGCAGAGGAGUUCUUGCAGAAGCCCCUUAGGCAAUCUGAUGUGUCACGUUUGCAUAACCACCUGAUGCGGAUGAAUCAGAUGAUUCCUCCAAUUAUGAUCAUAUAUCUUAAAACCAUGGGGGUGGAAGAAGUCUAUUACACUCUCAUAGACAUGAAAUAUGAAUGCAAAGUGUCCAUGAAACUUGUGCUUCUUGAAUAUGAAUACAAAAUGCAGGAUUUGUUUACUAUGGAGGAUGACCCUCCAAUUGGACCACCGAGCCCACAUUCUGCUGCGGAAAAAGGAGAGAUUAAUGUGAAGCCAGACAAUGUUGAAGAGAACCAACAAAAUGAUUAUGCUAAUAAUAAUGAGAAUGAAGAUGAACUUCCUUUGGAAGGUCUCUUGGAGCGCCCGACAUUUGGUCAGUCUCAGUUUGAUCCUACUCCACAAACUGAGGAAGUCUGGAAAUUGGAAACUGAAACAUUAGAAUUCUGA